UCCCGCGCGCCCUUCGAAUGCGGCACACGGACUGGUUCGGUUCCGAUGGUUAUUUUUCACCGCCUGGUUUGGUUUGGUGCCAUAUAUGGCUCAAAGGACCGCCUCAAGUUAGUCCAUACGCCAUUCUAAGCUAUUUGUCACCGCCUGUUUUCGCACGCACGGCUCACGAAAAUUUGAAGACGAGGUGCUCGGUUUUAUAAUUCCUCCAGGUCGAGAACGGUGGUAAUUGGUUGGUCGAAAGGUUCGCGCAUCUUCUCUCCUCCUCGUCGUCGCAAUGCGCGCGCUUCGCGUCUUCACCACGAGAGGGCUGCGUAUAGUUUCUACUCCCGACCUCCGGCGAUGUUUGCCUUUCGUUUCAGCUGAUCUUUUGUCCUUCGUGGAACGAGCGUUGUUGAUGUUCCAUUGACACCUCCGGUGCUCGUAAUCGCGAGGUUUUUGAGUAAAAAUUUCAGUGUCGUAGAGCGUGAAACAUGAAUAACGUCGAGGCGUAUGACGAGGACGCGAAUGAUCAACCGGUCGAUUACAGCAAGAAGUACGUUGAGAGAAAUGUACCGUCGCAGAACCACCUGGCCAAGGGCGGCAUGCAGACGAGCAGCGGCGUGCCGAAGAAGGAGUUCGUCGAGCGCGACUCCAAAGUGGAUUUGUUCAGCGACUACGCCGAGACCGAUCUCGAUCAGCCCACGGACUACAGUCUGCGAUACGCCGAGGACGACACCGACGAGGAAGAGAAGCAGAACACGGAAUACUUUCCGGGCAGCGAGCAAGAGGACACCGUCAAGACCUACUGCACGGAGGGAACACCCUACGAGACGCCCUUCAAUUUCUCCACCGCCACUUCUAUGUCGGAUCUCCGGGUCGAGGAUGUGAAAGAGAACGACCUUCCGAAGAAAUUGCCGAAGAAGAUCGUCGAAGCGACCGUCAAAAGUGGUCCGGUGUCGUUCAUCAAACAGACCGAGACCGCCAACGUGUGCGACGAGCAAGACAGUCUGAUGACAAAGGAGCUGGAAGAGGAAAGCGUCAAGGACACCGCGGUUCUUAAUCCCGGACAAGUGACUCCGGAAAAGGAGAUCGUUUAUUACGAGGAAGAAGGCGCUUGUCAGAGUUUCUCGCGUGCCAAUUCGCCAAGUUCUCUGAACAGUGCGAUAACGCCUCAGAAGGAUAACGCGGACAUUUCCAAAGUGGAUUCGCCUCCGGUUAACAAGGAGGAAUUGGAAAACGACGAACAGAGCGUUCUCGGAUUGGACGGCAAUCAGAUAGAGUUGUCCCCGGAAAACGACAAUUCUCCCGAGAUCAAAAACAAUCCACGUGUGUUGGACAAGGAAGGAAAAAUGGUGACUUUUGGCGGCCAAGAUUAUUACACGGAAGAAACCCCUCUGAUGUUCUCGCGGUGUAGUUCGCUCGGAUCGCUGAGCGGAUUUGAACAACAUUCUAUUCACGACGAUCGUAGUUCCGUUGUCAGCGAUUUCAGCCGGAGAACCAGCGGCGUGGUCUCGCCUAGCGAACUGCCGGAUUCGCCCACGCAAACGGCCUUACCCAGUCCACGCAAUCACAAGACGCAGAACCCUGAGUUCGUGUCAAAGAUACAAGAAGAAGCAGUAAGACCAUCGGUCCGACACUUAUCAUUCUCCAAACCGCAGAGCGUCGGGGGGAACAGCGUUUUCGAAGACGAGGUUGCAACUUUCAAGGAAGAAUCGACGCCGAUCGAAUUUUCGACCGCGACGAGUCUGAGCUCUCUCACGAUCGACGACGAGGUCAAACUGCCUGAUAUCGUCGCCGAGACGUAUUGCAGAUCGGAAAAAACACCGGACGCGGACGAAAAGAAUGUUGAGAAACUCGAAACUGAUAUGCUCAAUAUGGCGGUGAGCAGCCCCGAGGCUCAAGCGAAGGAGGACGAGCAAGUGAGCGAUGACGAGGACGACGAUGACAUGUUGGCUGCUUGCAUCAACAUGGGAAUUCAAAAUAGAUACAAACAGUCGUUGAAAACGCUCAGCUCGCAGAAAUCCGCGCAAUCGGAGCCAAGUAUCUUAGUCUCGUAUCCGAGAAAUUCUAUUUCGAGCAGAUCGGACCCGCACGCGUCUCCGGUCGAGGCGACCGUCAACACGUCGAAGACGAGAACGUCGAUGGAGAUCGUCGCUUCGGAUACCGUACACGUGUACUGCACGGAGGACACACCCGCUGAUAUAUCUCCGGUUGGAUCUCAGUCCAAUCUGUCCGCCCUCUCGAUGCCGAGUGUGCAAGAGGACAUAGAGACGAUCGAGCAGGACAAGUCGCUUGAGAUUGACUGCCACAGAAACGACUUGUUCGACGAAAGUGCCAAUCUCUCGGGCGACGACGAGAAGAUAUUGGACGAGUGUAUUCAAUCGGGCAAGGCGAGACAGAUACCUCCGCUUCCUACGAAUAGUAUUUUAUUUGCGAAAAAGCCCGAGUCGUCAUCUCACAAAUUUGACACAUGCGGCACCCCAUUGUCCUCGCCCGUUGAGAGAAGUCACAGGAAUAAGAAUCCUAUCUUGUGCUCAAAGUCGCCACGCGACGCGACACUGAGAUAUCCGGACGAGUUUUCCGACGACAGUCCGAAUCAUUCGGAUGACGAGGCCAUGUUGACAGAAUGCAUACAAUCGGCGAUGCCAAAGGCGAGACUUGGCACAUCACCGUCAAUCAGACUGCCGUUAUCGCAACCCAUGGAGAACACCAAACCGAUGAACAUGCGCACGACCGCGUCGCCGUAUUUUCAGCCGAGAUACGUAGAGCAGAGAAAAAAUGUAACGAAAAAAGGUCUGCCCUACGAAGACCAUCAUGUCGGACUCUCGGAGGAGGAAGAAGACAUCAUGUUGGCGCAAUGCAUCAGGUCUGGGAUGCCUAAAGCUCAAAGUCCCAUGUCUACGAUGUCGUCGAUGACGACGUUAGCCGUUAAAAGAUCUGAGUCGUACUCGAAAUCGUCGGAGAGUUUCUCCGUUCCUUCGUCUUCUUGUUUUGCGAGCGGCAAGCAGUAUUUCUCCAGGAACGUCGCGUCGCAGGUACCGUCGUCGUGCAAAUCCGUGAAUAUUAACGCGACGGACAUGCGCUUCGCCAGAAACGUGGUGUCGGGCAACGUCAACUGCUUUCCCGGGAGAGCGACGAGCGGUAACGCGGCGCAUACCUCCUCGAGCCAGACAUCACGGCACUGCGACAGUGUUCCGCGCGAGAGGACGAUGAACAACUCGCCGUGCUCCGCUCGGAGAUUGCCGUCGCUUCGCAACGCGGAGAGCGAAAACGGCAAUCCCGUCGACAGUCUCUGCGUGUCUGUGCGAUCGCGCGUGGUUAAGUACAACGCGCCGAUUUUCAACAGGACCGACAACUACGACGAUUACGCGUGCAAACACACGUUGAAGUUCAAUGCAGUAGUGCCUUCGCGCCACAAUUCCGCGAUGAAUCCCGUCAGCGAGGAAAACGCGAUGACGUCCAUAGAGGAGUGGAAUCUGCGAAAAGUGACCAUCACCUCCGCCAUGCUCAGGAACAAAUACGGUGUAAAGGGAAUCAAAUCGAACGAGGGCGCGAGUGGUCACGACGAUUACGAACAAAUACCGGACGACAAUUACUCGGUCUGCAGUUACAACUCGUACAUUUGUAAAACGUAACGUGCCGUAACAACGCAUUUUGACGAUCGUAUUGCGGUAAAGUCUGCGUAAUUUUGUUUCCUCGAGUGAUCACUUACGGAGAAUUUCGACAAACCUUGGAUCUCUCUCGCAGACUUCCACCGCGUCCGUAAAUUUGUACAUAAAAAACUUUGUUUUUUAUCUAAAUAUUUUUUUAUACCUUCAAAAUUACGUUUAAGGUGCUUGUUACGAUAUGAACUUCCAUCGUGUAUGAAAACUCGAUUCGAAGUACAAUGUAUCAACGAAACGAUGAAAUAUACAUAUACGAAAAAACA